GCCAAUCACUCGGAUAACGUUGGGUUACCAUCAUUUGGGGGAAUUGAAAAACCCCCACCGAGGGGAAUCCACCCAGCCCGGAUGGUGGUCCGGACCCCAACCCUGGUGGAACCGGAUCCACCCGGGUCGGGUGGGGGUCCGGACCAUCCCGG